GGCCAUUUUAUUUAUAUCGCCAUUUCAUUUCUGUCGUGAGAUGGAGAAUUGUAAUAUUGUAAAGUGAGAUAGAAAUAAACUUCUUCAAAUCGUUUUUAACACAAAUUUUCUACAUAAAACGUGAUUAAAUACUUACUUAAAAUCUUAUUCAAAUGUGCACAUCUAGUGUAUGAAUAAAAAGUGUAAUGAAGUAGGUGUAUAUAUUUGUGAAUUAUGUUCACCACCAACGCUGUGCAAACCGGCACAGUGCCGACCCUGCAGUAUCAAGAGCACCCAACACAAAAGACUCAAGGAAAGAACAUUGAAACUGUACAGCAGAAAAAUGCACAACAAACCCAACAAAAUCAGCAGCAACAGCAGGAAUUUCCCACAUUUUGCUACACAACAAAUGUAAACAUGAUUGGCAAGAUUGGCACGGGUGCAACCAGUGGUGCUGGUGGAGUUACUGGCAGUGUUAAUAUAGCACAAUUAACCACAAGUGAUGAUAAAACAUGUUACAUUGCGCAACCAUUCUCUUACAAUUAUGCACUUGUUAAUCAAAUGCAAAUUGCACCCAAUGGAAUCCAAAAUACAAUAUCCAAUAUCAGUUUUAAGUGUGAUGUCUGUGGUCUCAUGUUUGGGCAUCUUAGUUUACUCAACUCUCACAAAAGAAUACAUGCUCAAGAUACAGAUAGCAAUAUAACAGUAGUAGCAACUGGUGUGAGUGCCAGCAAUGAAGUGGCUAUGCCUCCACAUAUUCAGAUACUUUCGUCUGACCCCAACGAGCAGCAGCAGCAACAUCAUGUCCAAAUCCAAGACACAAAACCAGUUAUCAUAGAUAAAGUUCAGAAAUGCAUCACUUGUGGAGGCCCUAUUGCUAACAAUCCUAAAAGAAAAGGCCCUAAACUUAUACGGUGUGAAAAUUGUAUUGCUCAAGAUUCUGUUGAACAGAGAAAUAAUCAGAUGAACUCAACACAAAUUUUCGUUGCAUCAGAAGACAACGUGAAGUUCGAAGUGAGCGGCGUCAGCGGUAUUCAAUCGCAGAGUGAUCCUCUAGCUACCUCCCAGUCCACGCAACAGUCUCAACAGCAGCAAAAACCUUUGCCUGGUCACCAUCCUGUGAAGAAACGAAACUUAGCUGCUGUAACAAAAUGUCAGAACUGUAAUGGAUCUGGUAUUAUUUUUGUUGGUGGAAAUAAAAGUAAAUUAAACCAAUCUAACAUGGACAAACCAUUCCAUUGUAAUAUCUGUGGUGGGUCGUUCUCUAGGUAUUCUUCACUAUGGUCACACAAAAAAUUGCAUUCUGGAGAGAAAAAUUUUAAAUGUGGAAUAUGUGGUAUUGCCUUUGCUAAAGCAGUUUAUCUGAAAAAUCAUUCACGGAUACACACAGGAGAGAAGCCAUACAGAUGUAACACUUGCGGUAUGCAAUUUUCUCAGUCACCACAUCUUAAGAACCACGAGCGAACGCAUUCUGGAGAAAAACCAUAUGUUUGUGAGGUUUGCGACAAAGGUUUCGCGAGACAUGCAACAUUAUGGAAUCAUCGCCGUAUACAUACUGGGGAGAAACCUUAUAAAUGUGAAACGUGUGGGUCAGCGUUCAGCCAAGCGGCACAUCUGAAGAACCACGCAAAGGUGCAUUCCGGAGAGAAACCUUUCAAAUGCGAUAUAUGUACGGCCGCAUUCGCCGAUCGGUUUGCUCUCAAGCGACAUAGGGGAAUUCAUGACAAAUAUGGUCAAACCACACCUCUCCCUUCAAGAAUACAACAAAAUCAACAAGAAAUGCAGCAAUCAAAUCAACAAAGUAAUGAACAACAAAACAGUCAACCAGCAGUGGAAGUAGAAACAGGUGACCAAACUCUUUGAGUAUAAAUAACUCGUUGGGUUUCUUAGAAUACUUACCUACCCAGAACACCAUGAAUGUGAAGUCAAAUAAAUCUUUAUGUUUGGAAUGUUAUAACUAGCUGUUGGCACACAUUUUGAAAUAUUUUUGUGACACGAAGCAACUUGGGAGUGAAAUCCUGAGCGUUGUAGCGCACAUAGAUUGACGACGAAGCGAUAUGGCUCGUCAGCAGAAUGAACAGUAAAUCGAUGAAGAACGAGCUGUGAAGACGCAGUAGCUUGAUACUGUACUUAUAUAAGGUGACCAAACUCGAAUAUGCAAGGGUGCGUUUGGGACGUUCCAAUUAAAAAAAAAACCCCCCGUUUGUUAAACCUACAGUUUUUUUCAUUUGGUCACACAGACAUUGUAUAUUGACCCUAACCUAUCACUUAUCGACGUUGCACAAGCAACUGACACUGCCACAUUAAUAAUAUAGAUAAGUGAGAAAAUGUUUGCGAGAAUGACCCUGAAUAUUGUAAAACUUUGAACAUAAACAAGCAUCAAAGUGAUCUAUAUCACUCUUGUUCCACUAACGCAGUGAUUUCAAUAUUAUAACAAAAUUAAUAUUAAUUAAUAAUCGCACUAUUUAAAAAUGCAUAAAACCUACUGAUGUAUGCUAUUUUAUAGACAUUAAAUUUUAAAUAUUUUGAUUCAGAACACAAAUUCGUGUAUCUACAAAUAUAUUUUGCUUUCCAAUAGGUAGUAUCUUUUUUUGCUCUUUAAAGAAAAACGGAAACUCAAACGUCAUAAAAUUAAUAUGGGACCAACAAAAAAGUAUCGACUAAAAACAUUAACAUCAGUUCAGAGCUGGCUAUAUAAUCACAUAAUAUACAAAAGACGAAUUGAGAUCUUUUUGAAAUCGCCUAAAAAUAGAAACAGUUGAGUCUUAUGAAACAAGAAAAUGUUGAUGUUAUCGCCAAAGUUAUGGAAUAAUUGGCCUCAAUAAUUUACAAGAACAGUUUCACUUAUUUUUUUAAUUUGAAAAUCUUAAUCAUAUCGGCUGUGGCGACGUACUUCUUUAUGUAUUUUCUUUAUUUAUUGGUGAAUAUACAUGUACCUAAUGAAACGCCCGUAAGAUUAAAUUUGUGUACAUAUUAAUAUUAGCAAAAAAAAAAAAAAAUUGUGGUCAAUGAAUAAUAAAAGAUAGCAUGAUGUAACAUUUUUCUUACAUUGUAAAUAUAUUUGAUCAGUUUAUAUAUUAGAAGCCUAUGUGAUUUAGUAUUUUAGCAUAUCCAAUGACUCUUAAAUUAAGGUUUUAUUUAUAAUGGAUGGGUUGAACUUAUCAGUAAAUGAAUAAGUUAGGAAUACAUUCUUUGAAUGAAAUAUUUUUAUUUAAUCUUACAUUAUAAGUACAACUCAUCCUAAAUCAUCCCAUACAUACAUCAAUGUGAUGUUAUAAUAAGUUAGGAUUUGAAUUUAUAUUUACUGAAUAUAUUAUAGUAAAAUUUGUCUAGAAUGAUGAUUAGUUUUAUUUAGAUACAUUCAGUAUCAACCUUAAGGAGAAGAUCGUAAUACGCUCGGGAGCGCCAAUAUCCAAAAAGGGCCUCAAUUUUUUUUUAGGGCGUCAGGAGCAGUGGCUCUUUUAAGAACUUACCAAAGAGCUAUAGGUAUGCAAAAGUUGGAUUUGCAUAUACCAUAUCCAAUACUUGUAAUUAAUAUGAUGCAUUUUGUGAAGUUUUACCAUUUAUUACAUAUUUGUUUUAAUAACAGACUUCUUACUAAUAUUAUGUGAAAAUCAAUUUGUUUGUUACCUUAUAGUGCCUUAACGGCUUAACUAAUCACUAUGAAAUUUAAUAUACACGAACUAUACAGGAUGAAAAUAGAUAUAGGAAUACCUUUAAUCCAAUCAUUAAACAUAUCCUGGUCGCUUAAACGAAGUUGCGGAUAAAACUAAUAUUAAAUAAUUUGAGGACACGAUUCCUUUUGGCAUUGAAAAAUACAUUGUGACACCCAUUGGCAUGCCUUAUGUAUUGGUAGUCUGAGUAAUAAUGUAUAUCUUAUUAUAUCUAUACCAUCAAUUGACAAAAGUAUAAAUUGUAUUUAGUUUCUCAAAUAGAGAGCUUAGCAGGUCUAUACAUAAUCAAAUCAUAUAUUACAUAAUAAUUAUUAUGAUUAAAUGAUGGAACUUCUCAUGGAAAAGAUCUGCGAGAGAUAAGUCCACCCUUGCUCACAACAUUUAUAAAUACAUUAUUGUAUAUGUAACUUACAAGUGCAAUAAAAAAUAUAUACAUGAAAAAUA